AUCAUCCUCAUCCUCAGCAGCCGCAGCGGGGAACCGGCAGCACCGCAGCAGCGCGUUUCGCGCCGCUUUCCCGCACAGCGUCUCGCGCUCUUUCGCGCGCUUAUGCGGGCUGCAUCGUCGCGCAUGCGCGGCGGCGUGGCUGAAACCGCGGCGGACUAAGUUUCUAGCUCCAGGCUUUUUAUUCCUCUCUCUCACUCUCUUUUUCUCUCUCUCUCUUACUGUAAGUGUCUGAUUCGCACUGCGCGCGCGUGGCGGGAGCGAUGCGGGCGAGCGGAGCCCGGUGGCGCGCGGGGGUCGCGUGCCUCCCGGUGUUGAUGGCUUUGGCGCUCGGCCGCAGCCCGGUGGCGCACAGCGGGAACGAGCCCAGCAACAUGUCGUAUGUGAAAGUCACGGUGGACAAACUGCUCAAAGGCUACGACAUCCGACUCAGGCCCGAUUUUGGAGGUCCUCCGGUAGAUGUGGGGAUGAGUAUCGACAUCUCCAGCAUCGACAUGGUGUCCGAGGUGAACAUGGAUUACACCAUCACCAUGUAUUUCCAGCAGUCAUGGCGUGAUAAGCGUCUGUCCUACACAGGGAUUCCCCUCAAUCUGACGCUGGACAACCGUGUAGCCGAUCAGCUUUGGGUGCCAGACACUUACUUCAUAAAUGACAAGAAAUCCUUUGUUCAUGGGGUCACUGUCAAAAACCGCAUGAUUCGCCUACAUCCAGAUGGAACCGUGCUCUAUGGCCUCAGGAUAACCACAACCGCAGCGUGCAUGAUGGACCUGCGCAGGUACCCUCUGGAUGAACAGAACUGCACCCUGGAGAUUGAGAGCUAUGGCUACACCACAGAUGACAUUGAGUUUUACUGGCAGGAGGGGAGUUCAGUAACAGGAGUGGACAACAUUGAGCUGCCACAGUUUUCCAUCAUCGACUAUAAAACUUUAUCUAAGAAGGUGGUAUUUGCCACAGGGUCGUACCCUCGUCUGUCCCUGAGUUUUAAGCUAAAGAGGAACAUUGGAUAUUUCAUCCUGCAAACCUACAUGCCAUCAAACCUAAUCACCAUCCUGUCUUGGGUCUCCUUCUGGAUCAACUAUGAUGCCUCUGCAGCACGGGUAGCUCUAGGAAUCACCACUGUGCUGACCAUGACUACCAUCAACACUCAUCUACGGGAGACGCUUCCUAAGAUCCCCUAUGUAAAGGCCAUAGAUAUCUACCUAAUGGGCUGCUUUGUCUUUGUCUUCUUGGCCCUGCUUGAAUAUGCCUUUGUCAAUUACAUUUUUUUCGGCCGAGGCCCACACCUACAGAAGAAGGUGGCGGAGAAAGCUGCUAAGAGCAACAAUGAGAAGAGCAGGCUGGAGAGUAACAAAGUCCAGGUGGUGGACGCCCAUGGGAACAUUCCACUCACCAAUCUUGAUCUGCGCCUCACCGGUGCUGAGAUGUUGGGCAGUCUUGGAGACCCUCGGAACACCAUGUUUUCUUACGACAGUGCCAGCAUCCAGUACCGCAAGCCCCUGACAGGUCGCGACCUGUAUGGUCGGCCCACUGCUUCCUUGGAGCGGCCGAUCACACACAAGAAAAGCCGCUUGAGGAGACGAGCCUCUCAGCUGAAGGUGAAAAUUCCAGAUCUGACGGACGUGAAUGCCAUUGACAAGUGGUCCCGUGUCAUCUUCCCCAUCACCUACACCUUCUUCAACCUUGUGUACUGGCUUUACUAUGUCCACUAGGGGGCAGCGGUGCACUUGGCUCAGCAUUCACUCAUUAGGUCUGGCCAGGCUCUCUCAACAAUCAUGUGCUUGUGACUUUUUUUGUCACAACAUGGUCUUUUCCUCUGUAAAUAUGUUGGAAUAUAGUGAUAAAUAAAUACAUAUAUACAGAUUAGGGAAAUAUGAUUUUAAAGCAGCAAUUUAAGUCAAAUUUAAAAUUUUAUCCUGCCUUCUAUAAGCUAUUGAGUCAUUUAGAUAGUAUAGCUUAAAUUAGUUUUAAAUAGGACACUGGAAUUCAGCACUUUAUGAUGGCCCCUGCUCCAUGUGACAGUGGAUUGCAGGGGCGUAGCAGGUGUGUAAAGGCUUUUUUUGUGUAGUGAAGAAACACUUCUUUUCACACACCGUGCAUGAAUGCACCACAGCUCAAAUACCCCAAAGCAAGAACAAGGCUCAACCCAGCAGCAUUUAAAGUGUUUUCAGCCUUUUCAGCUUAAGCCGUCUCACAAAGUUAGUUCUUAGUGUCUGUAUCAGCCUUUUAAACUUCGCUCUGCUUUGAAACAGAGUGCGUUUUGCAAAAGUACGUUCACAGUGGAAUCACGGUCGCAGAGGUAUCACUGUGAACAAGGAAAGCAAGACAAUUAAGGACAUUACAGCUUUUGAGUCUUGUGUGUGUGUGCUAGCACUUUUUGUGCACUAUGUUCAGUACUUACUAAUUCGGUCUUUCACAGUCACGCUUAACUCUUGUACCCAGUUUCUUACAACAGACAAAUCAGCUGACAUACAGCAUACAGGGAUCUAUCAGUACACUAAUGAAAUAUGUUAAAAUAUUUCUCAAUUUUUUUUUGUCAUCAAGCAGUCAGGUAUUAAAAGAUGAUGUCACCAUUAGGCCUGGGUGAAGGAAUCUGUUAUCAGUGAUGACUGACAAGUAAUGACUGACCAAUUUAAGCAGCUAGGUAAAUCAGAUUAAAUAAUAUGUAUACAUGUUUUGUUUCCUUUUACUGUUAAACAAAACAUUAAUGUGGGGGUUAAUAAACUAUGGAGCCCUUGAUGUGCCAUUGUGCAAAAAAUACAAUGUAAUUUUUUAACACUGCUGUUUAGGGGAUCUGUAACAAGCCAUUCAGCUACUGUAGAGUAAAUUUUCCUGUGUCUCUGCUUUGGGCGAUUCCAGCGUUCUUCUCAAAGUCAUUCAGAGUGGUUUGAUUUGAAAUGCACCAUUCUGUUGAAACCUGAUGGAUCUGAAUUCUUCACAGUGGUGGUUGGAACCAGGGAUUGUAACAUGUACACACAAAUAUGGCAAUUUUAUUUGUUGUCCACAAUGACUGCUGAAUCUAGAUGUGUCUUCUGAGUUUUUCUAUGUAUUACUGAUAAUGGUAAAAUAAUUGUAAAUCUGAAAAAAUCUAAUUUCACUGAGAUCUCAUGAAUGUAUCAAAACAAAUGAAAACAAUGUCUGAGGCAUCAGGCAGUGUAUAUGUAAGCAUUUGGCGUAAAAAAACUUUAUGUGAUGGACCUUUUUUGGAGGCAUUACACUCUUCAGAUGUCUGGUUCCUAUCAGCAUCACUGAGAAAAAUUAUGAUUCAGUUUCACUAAAACGGAGUGUCACAUCAAACCACUGUGAAUUCAUUUCUUUAUCCUGGUGGUUUUUAUGAGUUGUAAAUUAAGACAAUAUAAUACUAAAUGGUUUCUCACUGUCAUCGAUAGCUGAUUGACUCUGCUAUAACAGCAGAAAGCUUUUCUCAUUUUUAAAAAUAUGUAAAUCAUAUCAACGUAGCUUUGGUACUCAUUCAUUUAGAUCACGGUUUUGCAUAGUGACAGUUCUCCAGCAGGAGGUGAUAUUAGUACACAAAUCUGCAUGAGUGCACACCAGCAGGAGCACACAAAUACAGUAACAGCUUUGGUGGAAUAGUUUUCAGGAAAAAAAAAGUUCUGGUAUUUAGCAUUAAAUUAUUAAAUAUAUGCUUAAGUUUUUCAUACAAUUAGUUAAAAAUAUAUAAGCAUAUAAAAACAUAAGCAAAAUGAAGAAUAAAAACUAGGCCUAAGCUGCAGGUAAGGGUGAGGUGAGAUUAUCGAUAAUGCUGAUUUUUUAACAAAAUAAAGUGCUAAUUAUUUGUAGAUAUCACCCAGGCCUUCUCACCACAGUUUUGAUGAACAAGUCUAAGAGUCGUUGGCCAUUUUUUGUUGCAACAGGGCGAGUUUAUAUUGAUAGAAGCCCUGUGCCAAUGUUGAUGGCUGAGAAAACAAAAUGAUUCAUUUUUACUGUCACUCCUCUUCAUAGCAUCAUGCUUUGACAGUGUAAGAAAACCACAAACACCUGUCCUACACUGGAUACAUACCACUGAAUGACCACCAUGACCUCAGAGAGGACGUGUCCUCUGCUAGAAAUGUAUGUUAAUGUAGAUGAUUUGUGACAUGAGUGUCUAUCUCUCUUUACAUUUAGCUUUAAACACAUGCACUGUGACUUAUGUGGUACCCAGGCUCACCACACACAAUAAAAAAAAAAAAAACCUAAACAAAAAAAGCAGAUAGAUCUAAUCGACGUGCUGUUACUUCUUCUGGCUCGAUUU